AUGAUGUGUAAUCAGCAUUUAACGCAAUUUGUAUUAUUCGGAACAAAUAAGUUACAACCCCACCCCCACCCCACCCCAGCCAGCACCAGCAGUGCAGUGGCUGCGGGACGAUACCUGGUCGCCAGCUCGGUGAGCAGCUCAGUGAGCGUGCGCAAGGCCAGCUGCGCGCGUUCCAACCGCGCCAGCAGUACAGUGAGUCGCCAUCAGUGCAGUGCAAUGCAGUUCAGUGGCUGCGUGACGGUACCUGGUCGCGCAGCUCUCGGUGAGCGUGCGCACGGCCAGCUGCGCGCGUUCCACACGCGCCAGCAGUACAGUGCAGUGCAAUGCAGUUCAGUGGCUGCGGGACGGUACCUGGUCGCGCAGCUCGGUGAGCGUGCGCACGGCCAGCUGCGCGCGUUCCAUCCGCGCCAGCAGUACAGUGCAGUGCAAUGCAGUUCAGUGGCUGCGGGACGGUACCUGGUCGCGCAGCUCGGUGAGCGUGCGCACGGCCAGCUGCGCGCGUUCCACACGCGCCAGCAGUACAGUGCAGCAAUGCAAUGCAGUUCAGUGGCUGCGGGACGGUACCUGGUCGCGCAGCUCAGUGAGCGUGCGCAAGGCCAGCUGCGCGCGUUCCAACCGCGCCAGCAGUACAGUGCAGUGCAGUGCAGUUCAGUAGCUGCGGGACGGUACCUGGUCGCGCAGCUCGGUGAGCAGGUCGGUGAGCGUGCGCACGGCCAGCUGCGCGCGUUCCACACGCGCCAGCAGUACAGUGCAGUGCAAUGCAGUUCAGUGGCUGCGGGACGGUACCUGGUCGCGCAGCUCGGUGAGCGUGCGCACGGCCAGCUGCGCGCGUUCCAUCCGCGCCAGCAGUACAGUGCAGUGCAAUGCAGUUCAGUGGCUGCGGGACGGUACCUGGUCGCGCAGCUCGGUGAGCAGGUCGGUGAGCGUGCGCACGGCCUGCUGCGCGCGCUCCAGCUGCGCCUGCAGUGCACGCAGCUCCAGUUCACCACCCUCGCCCUCACCGCCCCCCACCAGCGAGAGCGCCCGCAGUCGCGGGAACCAAUCCAGAUUGUUUGA